UCUAACACAAGACUAUCUAAUUCUAUAUCCAUGGAAUCCUAACUUGUUUAACAACUCUUAAUGACCACUCAAAAACCAUCUAAUUAAAGGCUUAAGAAUGUUGCCAAUUUUUUUUUGAAAAAUUAAAAAUUAAAAAAAGAAGAACAACCUUGAAUUAGAUUACUUCUUAAUUUGUUCAUCUUUUGUUAUUUGGUCAUGGUUAUGGUCAUGGUCAGUUUUUUGUUAACUUUUUUUAUUUUGUUUUUGUUUUUGCCAUUUCUGUGUCUUUGUUAUUUUUAUUUCAACAAGCUAGUAUUCAAUUAUUUUUAAUAGAUUCUAAGGGCACUAUCAUCCUCACAAAAUUGCAUCAAACUUGAACCAUUGAACUAUCUCUAUUUACCAACAUUAAGCACUCUUAAUUUUCUCAACCUUUACUUUUCUUUGUUUAUAAUAUAUUUUUUUUUUAUUUGGGAUAGUUGUUUAUUUCUUGUCAUGAAGCUUUAACAUUUCCAAAAUCCCAAAACCCUAGCUAGCUAGGCAGGAUGGCCUUGAUUUGGAGCUUCCCAUCUCGUCUUCUCCUCCUUGGCCUCCUGUCCCUUCUCCAACUCCACCACCCUUUCACCACCACUGUAGGCGGCAUCCGCCUUGGCACGAUUAUCCGCAAACCCUCUCCGGAACUCCCCAUUUUUCGGGAAGCACCCUCAUUUCGCAAUGGCGACGGGUGUGGCUCUCGAGACACAGAUGUUAUACAUAUUUCCAUGACACUAGAUGUUAAUUAUCUUCGUGGUACAAUGGCGGCAGUACUUUCGAUGCUACAACACACAACAUGCCCUGAAAACCUCUCAUUUCAUUUUCUUUCUGUUCAUUAUGAGCCCGAACUCCAUUCCAGCAUAAAUUCUACAUUCCCUUUCUUGAAGUUCAAGGUGUAUCGCUUCGACUCGAGCCGGGUACGAGGCAAGAUUUCUAGGUCUAUUAGACAAGCUCUUGAUCAGCCUUUAAAUUACGCAAGGAUCUAUCUUGCUGAUAUCAUACCGACUGAUGUUAAACGAGUAAUCUACUUGGAUUCAGAUAUUGUUGUCGUAGACGAUGUUUCAAAGUUAUGGAGUGUGGAUAUGGGAAACAAAGUGGUGGCUGCACCUGAAUAUUGCCAUGCAAAUUUUACUCAGUACUUCACAGAAACGUUUUGGUCAGAUAAAGAAUUGGCAAAGACAUUUGAAGGAAGGACUCCAUGUUAUUUUAAUACAGGAGUAAUGGUGGUGGAUGUCGAUAAAUGGAGGAAAGGAGAGUACACAGAAAGAGUUGAGAAAUGGAUGGUGGUGCAGAAACAAAAGAGGAUAUAUCAAUUGGGAUCUCUGCCGCCAUUUUUGCUGGUUUUGGCAGGGAAUAUAAAGGCAGUAAACCAUAGAUGGAACCAACAUGGACUAGGUGGUGAUAACUUUGAAGGGAAAUGCAGGAGUUUGCACCCUGGUCCAAUUAGCCUUCUUCAUUGGAGUGGGAAGGGAAAACCAUGGUUAAGGUUAGAUUCUAGGAAGCCAUGCAUAGUUGAUCAUUUAUGGGCUCCGUAUGACCUCUAUCGUUCAUCAAGACACUCAUUGGAAGAAUAAUUAUUUAAGCCGAGGAAAAGAAAUGAACUCAAUUUCAUGAAAUGCUACAAACUCUAAUAUGUUGUCAAGGGAAAGGCUUUCCCAAUUCAUCGGAAUGAGAUGUGGUUACAGAGGCAAGAAAGAAGAACUGGGGAAAGAAAAAUUAUACGAUGCGUUAAGUUGCACCAUGUCAAUAUACAGACAUAUAUACGACA